CAGGGGCAGGACACACACCACAGGGAACUGGUGGGCAGGAUGCUUAUGAUGGGAGCAUGCCGACAGCCUUGGUUUUGUUUCAUCUCAUGGCUUUCCGGGUGUUUCCCGAGGCGAAGGUGGAUGUAGCAAUAAUUGAAGUAGGGAUUGGUGGACAUUACGACUCCACCAAUGUGAUAAGGAGGCCGUGGGUGUGUGGUAUCUCAUCGCUAGGCCUGGACCACAUUCAGAUCCUUGGAGACACCUUUGAAAAGAUCGCCUGGCAUAAAGGAGGAAUCUUCAAGCCGGGGGUUCCUGCCUUCACCGUCAAACAGCCAGAAGAUGCGAUGGCUGUGCUCAGAGACCGAGCCAAAGAAAUCGGAUGUCCUCUGUGGGUGUGUCCUGAUCUGGAGGACUACCAGACAGACUGAACCCAUGCGUCUGAGCCUCGCAGGGAAGCACCAGCACUCCAACGCCUCCCUGGCCCUCCAGCUGAGUCACACCUGGCUUCAGAGAAGAUGUC